CUGUCACCCACCCAGAAGGCUGUUCCCAGGCACGGAGAUCAUUUAUCGCUUGCCAGAUAUCACAGCCAGACGAAGCACACGCACGCACCCGAGACUGAGCCAGACGAUACAAGCAAGCAAGCAAGCAAGCAAGGAACGAAACGAAUACAGAAAGCUCUGCAUCUACCCCAGUGAAGCCCAGCAGUCGAACGUUCCCACGGCGUUGACCAAGGGGACAAGCACUGCAUUGUUGUGGAAUGGAGGCACUGGAAGCGGUUGCCAUCAACGAAGCGUUCCACCCAACUGCCCACACGGAGCCCCAUCGCCGUCACCACCACCACCACCACCGACAACAACAACAGCAGCAACAGGGCCGCAAGAUCACCGCCAAGAUGGAGGGUGGGCAGGCGCAAGUGCAACAGCCACCGCCAGCACCGGCCGGCAACCCCUCGCAGCCUGGCGGGGAGCCACCCAAGCGGCGUUCGUCGCUGGUGACAGCCGCCCUGCGCCACGUGCUGCACGCACACGCCAUGGCGCCACACAGCUUCGAGGACAACUUCAGCCUGGACCAACCCGAGGAGGAGGAGCCGGCAGAGGUGGACCUGGAAGAGAUUGAGCGGCGCAUCAUCAACAACGAGCCCCUGUCCGAGCCGCACAAGGAGCACCUGCGCACAUGGACGCCGGAGGAGCGCGAAGACUUUCUCAGCCGCAUCAAGUCGUCCCUCGGGCACCAGCUGCAGGAGCUGGAGCCCAUCGAGACUGGCGACGUAAGCGAGCUCGUGGAUGACAUGGACCUUGAUCGCAUCCUCGGCAUGUCCGACGCGCGCAGCGACGCCAAGGCAGCGUCCACCGGCGCAAUCAAGCAGCAGGCGGGCGGCGAUCAACCCCACCACGAGCAGCAUCACAACACGGUGCUGUCGGAGACGCUGCGCAUGCUGAACGAGACGGAGAAGCUCGCGCACAAGCAGGGGCGCCAGCGCAGCGAGAGCGACGCCAGCACAACCUCCACCGUCAGCACCAUCAGCGAGAUUAUCGGUAGCGAGAAUGAUGCCGGCGACAGCAGCGAGAAGAAGAAGACGCGCCCGCGCUCCAAGACAUACGCCUUCACGUCGUCCACCUCGAAGCCCAUUGUGCCAUCGUCAUCAUCGACAACAGAGACGCAGAAGACUACCGGUGGCGUGUCGUGGUGGUGGUGGCCAUCAUCGUCCUCGUCAUCGCCGUCGGCGUCGCGUCAGGCGUCGGUGGACGAGGUGACCGCAUCGCCAACCGCCGCCACGCCGGCCACUCCUGCACUCUCGCAGGACGGCUCCAAGCAAGGCUCCUUUGAUGAAGGCGCGCGCUUCCAGUUUGACGACACGGUGCCGUUUAUUGUCGCGCCGUCCACCAUCAUCUACCCAAACGAAGCCAACGCCAGCUCCCACCAGCAGCAGCAGCAGCAGCAGCAGCAGCAGCAGCAGCAGCAGCAGCAGCAGCAGCAGCAGCAGCAGCAGCAGCAGACCGAGGGCCCGAACCGCGCCGCUGCGCCCGUCUUCUUCGGCACCGCCCCACCCUCAGACCCACAGCAGUCUGAAGUGGCGAGCAAGGGCGAUGGCGAAGGAGUGAAGAAGGGCAGCGGUGGCAACAGCGGCAGCAACGACAAUGAUGACGAGCUGCACGAAAGCGUGCUGGAGCGUGUGGAGGAGGCGUUUGAGAGCUUCCUGGCAGACAUGCACACGUCGCACGCCAUUGAGCCGCACUACUACAACGACGACUUUGGCCAAGACCAGGUGGAGCCGUUUAUUGUGCACUCGGUGACGCCGGAGGAGUGGGAGCACGACCACCCAGGCUUCUUUUCCUCCAAGUCGUCGUCGUCGUCUUCACCCGCCAAGGCCGUGGGCGAGGCGCUCUCCUCUCUCGUGACGAAGGACCACACAACCACAACAACGACAACAACGACGACAACAACAACGACAACUCGCAAGGAGGAUGACAAGUCCGGCAACGUGGACGCGGACCAUCCUGUGCUGGAUGAGCUGGAGAACAUUGCGGCCCAGCUGCACAACUUCCGCGUGUUUGAGCCGCACGAGUACUUUGACAACUUCACGUGCGACCAGCCGCUGCAUGAGAGCGUUAUCGCGGCGCUGACACCGGAGGAGUUCAGGGAGGAAGUUAACCUGCACAUCCGCCCCCCGCCACCAAAGCCGGAGAGCACAGGCGACAAGUCGCUCUCGGACACGCUUCUCCCGCCCGUUGUUGGCGACGUUGACAUUGCCAGCAUUGGCAGUGCCAUUGGCCGGGCUGCCGUCACCGCCGCCACCGCCGCCACAUCCCAGUCGUCGUCGGCGCCAUCUUCCUCUGGCGAGACCCUGGCUGACAUGAUGGCGGGCGAUGACGUGCUCGACCCCAAGUUUGCCGGCUCUGACAAUGGCGGCAGCAACAUCAUCUAAAGCAUGGCCGAUGCUGCAACACACGCGACAAACGCGCACGUGUGGUGUCGCAGAUUGGCCUGUUGUGUUGUUUUGGUUGUGUUUGUUCUCAAGUGGGUGUGUUGAGUCCUUUCCACCCGCUCAUCUCUGGCAGUGACCACUGUCGUAGUCUUUUCCCUGUGCGCAUGCAGUGUGCAUGCUCUGCCACACCCCAAACGUUGGGGGUUGUUCUUGUCCUUUGCGCGUUUCUUUGUGUCCUUGCACUUCUUUCUGUGCUUGCAUGCUACUCUCUCAUGCCCCACCCACCAAAUAGCACUGUGUGGUGUUUUGAAUGAGACGCCAAGUUUUCUUUUGUUGCUGUGUGGGCUUGCUUUCCUGCCGUUCUUCGUGUCGUGCGUGGUUUUGUUGUGUUGUGCUUGAUGCACGUGAUGUUCCACCCCUAAGUGCUGGCACGCUCCUUUGACGGUCAAGCUCUUACGCCACGGCACCAGUGCCACUGUCACUCCUGUCAUAGUUGGGCACUACUACCGCUGUUGCUGUGUGGGUGUGCUUGUGCUUGUGCUUGUGCAACUGCCGUUGCCUGUUUUUGUCUGUGCGCCCUAACCAUGCACCCCACCGCACCACAAAACACUUCUCCAAUACUCCAAUAAACACUGCGGCCAACGCGGGCGAAUGCACGUCCCAAUAAUGCAGGAAAAUGAAUGUGCC